AUGGCCGACUGUGCGGCCAAAGAGGGCUCGCAGGAGACAGCUGUUCGGCUGCUCGGACUCAUUGUCGGCAUGUACUUUGCCAACGCCGUGAACGCGUCGCAGUUUGCCGUGUGGGUGGCCUUCCUCGUGCUCACGAUCGUGCACGUGUACGCCAACUACAAUGCCGUGUCGUGUCUCUGCAUUCCCACGGUGAACCUCUUGCGAGGGCUGGUCCUGGUCGAGCGCUUCUUAGCGUCAGGGAACAACGCCACUGGCGUGGACAAUGGUGCAGACCAGGUAAAAAAUAAGUACUUGCAGCACGGUAUACUGCAACCGAUGAUGAUGACGGUGUCUCAUGCGCUGAUGCUGUUGCUGUCUUUUUUGUGCGUGUGUGUUUGUUUGCUUUUGUACCGUGCCAAGUAUUCCAUUCGCAGCGUGAACCAAAAGGAACCUGUGUUUAGCAACCCUGUGCUGCCAGUGACGUCGCAACUGACAAUGGGGUCGCAGCUCCACGAGGCUGUUUCGACCACGCAGGAUCUUGAGAAACUGCUGCAAAUCUACGCCGAAGAGAAGUUCCUCUUGAAUGUGGUAGAAAACCAUGUGCACGUCGUGUUCCAAGCAGACGCGCAACCCAACGACGAGCUGCGUGCGUUCUUUCAAGCCGUUCUGGUCCUCCAGGCGCUGGCGUCGGCCCGGGCGCCAUCUCCUUCGUCAAGAGGUGGCAAUAACGGGCAUUUUUAUCUGCUCGAAUCCGCGCACCAUCAAAUGGUGGCCGACUUUCCGCUCUUCCUGCAAGUGCUGGAGAACAACGGAUGGCGCACGCACAUGUACUUGCUCAAUACGUCUCCGUGGCGCAUCAAGAUCGGUGAACGGACCUGA